AUGGGAAAAUUAAGGGUUGCUAUCCAAGGUUGCUGUCAUGGUGAACUUGAUAAAAUAUUUCAAGAGCUUGAGCAACUACAUAAACGAAAUCCAAUCGAUUUAUUGUUAAUAUUAGGCGAUUUCCAAUCUCUUCGUAGUGAAAAUGAUUUUAAAUCAAUCAGUAUCCCACCCAAAUAUCAAAAACUUGGUGAUUUUCAAAACUAUUACAAAGAUAGUAACUUGAAACCUUGUGUUCCUACUAUUUUCAUUGGCGGUAACCAUGAAUCCAUGAGACAUUUAAUGCUACUUCCAUUUGGUGGAUACGUCUCCAAUGACAUUUAUUUUAUGGGUUAUAGUAAUAUGAUAUGGUUUAAAGGCUUAAGAAUAGGUGGACUCAGUGGUAUCUAUAAACACUGGGAUCUAAACAAAAAUCGUCCGGGAUAUAAAUUUUUAGAAGAAGGAAACAAUUGGGAAAAAAAUGUUCGAAGUUUGUAUCAUGUUAGAAAAACCGAUUUAUUGCCAUUAUACAUGACAGCAUGUACUAGAAAUGAAUACAACGAAAAAAAUGGUGUGAAUAUUAUGAUGAGCCAUGAUUGGCCCAAUGGAAUUGUAUACCAUGGGAAUUACAAAGAACUACUUAAAGUUAAGCCUUUUUUCAAACGGGAUGUACUUUAUAACCAAUCCUUAGGUUCUGAAUUGAAUUGGGAGCUAUUAAACUUAUUUAAACCUGAGUGGUGGGUCAGUGCGCAUUUGCAUGUAAGAUAUACUGCCGAAUUUACACACGAGGAUAAGAAAAGGAAAAUGGAAGAUAUAAAAACGACUAAUCAAGAUGAAAUCAGUCUUGAUUUGGAUGAUCUUGAUUCAAGUUCAACAGAAGAAGAAGAGAAAACAACUCCUGUGAAAACUACUCAUUUCUUAGCACUAGAUAAAUGUUUACCUAGAAGAAAGCAUUUAGAAAUAAUCGAGAUUGAAGGAAAUGAAAACCAUUUUUCUUCAACUAGUAACGACAUGUACUAUGAUCCUGAGUUCAUCAAUAAUUUAUCAUACAUAGAAAAGAACAAAGAGCAUAGUAAGAUUAAAAACACUCCAUUGAAUAAAAUCGAUAUCAAUGAAUUAAUUUCCGACAACAAGAUAAUGCAACUAGAUGAAAUUGAUUGGAACAAGUAUAAAAUACCUAACUAUGAAACUGACGUUCAAAAGUUGGAGACAGAACAAACUAACUCUUUUAUAGAACAAUUUCUUAAAUAA